ACAACAACGACAUUCACCCAAGAGCACCAAAGUGGUAAUUGAGUUUAAACGUUGGCCACAAUGUCGACCCAUUGAUUGUCACAGUUGUUGUCGUUGAGGGAAGUGCGACACACUUGAAAAGUUACAAUGGCCACGCAUAAGACGGAAGCGGCAUUAAACCGUCGGCAAUUACCAUCCCGUCCGCUGUUGGAGGAAUUUUCAUUGCUUUUCUACAUUGGCAAAAUUUGGGGCAUCAAUGCCCAGGACUUUCAAGAGUUUCGCAAUCACAAACAUUUGGAAAAAUCGCUUGGAGGCAAUUGUUUGGUCAUUGUCAUAACGGUGUGCGUGUUUAUUUGUUUCAAUUUGAUGGUAUGGGUAUUUCAUGAUCCUGAAUACUCGGUGGAAAAAGAUAUCUUCACCGUUGCAUUAGCCCUCAUCUUGACCUAUUUCAGUUUGGCGGUAUAUUUAACCGAUCGUUAUACUCAUUUGCGAACACAGGAUCAAUUAAUGGAGAUUUUCGAUACACUUCACGAUCUAGACGAUGAUUUAAUGGAACUUGGAAUUGAGGUGGACAACAGCCCGAUACGAUAUCGCAUUUUGUUGCAAAUAGUAUUUGCAAGCAUAUGCGAAAGUUUGGUAUUUUUAUUCACUUUUGCAUUUCUGGUAAGCCAUGAUUCAUGGACCUCGGGCCUAUGGAUAUUUACGGCAGUGCCCACCUACUGCAAUGCUUUGGAUAAAAUUUGGUAUAACACCAUUGUUUUGGCUAUCAAAAAACGUUUCGAGAUUAUUAACGCCGAAUUUGAUAACAUGGCCUUGGAGAUGCAGCGUCAAGCGUCAAAGCAAAUCAUUACCAUGCCUGUUUUUUCAGUCGAAAAGGAAAGCAAUCGCAAGAUACAUCCUAGGAAAAUGAAAGUACAACCAUCCAUGAUUCCAAGUUUUAAUCAAAAGGGUAUAUUAAAUGACUCGAGAAAUAAAUCCAAGAAGGAGUUUUUGGGUCCUAAAUCUAAUAUAGACCUUAAUAUGCCAUCAUCUGGAACGGGACCUAUAUUCAAUGAGAUGUUGGAAAAUAGGUUUGAAAAAAUCUGCCAACUACACAACGAACUGUGUGUGAUGGGAGUGGAGCUAAACGGCAUUUGGUCUGUGCCCAUUUUGGCUUUGAUGGCUUAUGGAUUUUUAAUGGUCACCGCUCAGCUUUACUUUUUCUAUUGUGCCACCGUUAAUCAGAUCAUACCCUCCCUCUUUCGCCCUGCUAAUAGUUUGGUCAUCACCAUCAUAUUUCUCCUGUACGUAUCAGUGAAAUGUUUUAGCAUUUUAAUGUUGAGUUGGUUGACUAAUUUGGAGUCCAAGAAAAGUGGGGUAUGUAUUCAUCGAUGUGCCACAGCUGCUGACAAUGGCAGAAUCUAUGAAAUGGUCAAUCAUCUAUCGUUGAAACUUUUUAACCAUGCUGUGGAUUUUAAUGCAAGUGGUUACUUUUCUUUGGAUAUGGACACCCUAUUUGGAUUCCUGGGCGGCAUCAGCACUUAUCUCAUCAUUUUGAUACAAUUCAAUAUCGAACAGCAACAGGUUCGAUCAGCUGCAGCAUCUGGUGGCUUGACUACUGCAAAUAACGAUGAAAGUAUUGCUAAGACUAUAGCUGAGAAUGCUACGGAGCUAAUUACCCAGAUGUUUGCUACAACUGAUGACAUUUCGGCCUCUCAACAAUUUCAGUGAAUUUUCUCUUACUAAAUGUUUAGGAUACAAUUUAUUCGUUUAAUUGUUAAAACGUUGAAGGUCAAACGUUUUAAUUAUAAGUGUUGCGGUCAUCUUUGGUAAGACGAAAUUAACAUUAGUAGCGAUACUAUCGAUAUAUAUUAUUAGAUAUAUCGAAAAUAUCGGAUUUUGCGAAUAUCGAUAGUUUGCCAACUCUAUGGUGGACCUCAGUGCUGGUUGGUCAAAGGAAGAACUGCAGAAAACUCUUCAACAGAGCAAAAGCCACAAAAGCACCACACGAUUGUGACAUCUAUAAAGUUGAGCUAAGAAAAUACAAGGGCGAGCUGAGAAAGGAUCAGAACAAAUCCUGGGUAGAAUUCUGCAGCUCCUCGGAGGAUACA